UCUGGUCUGCCUUUUCUGUUCAUCCCAAGAAGCAGCAGAUCCAGGGACAGAGGUGCCAUGCAACUCCGGGUCAUCCUCGUCACUGCCCUCCUGGCGCUCCUGGCCACUGCCUGGGCUGCCGAGCCUGAGCCCGAGCCCGAGGAUGCCUCCCUCCUGGACGUCAUGCAGGACUACGUGGACCAUGCCAAGAAGACCGCCCAGAACGCACUGACCAGUGUGCAGGAGUCUACGGUGGCCCAGCAGGCCAAGGGCUGGGUGAGUGGCAGCUUCAGCUCCCUGAAAAACUACUGGAGCACUUUGAAGGACAAGUUCUCUGGGUUCUGGGACUCCACCUCUGAAGCCGAACCAACUCCCAACCCAUCCUACUCCUUCUGAGACUUCAUCACCCCAAGGCGGCCUGUCCACCCGUCCUGGCUCCCUGGGUGCUCCAGCCUCCAGGACAGCUCUCGGAGGUUGCUUGAAAGGGACACCCCACCUUAGGUCUGGUCUGCCCUUACCUUUGUCCCAAUAAAGCCAGACAAGAAGCUGC